AUGGCGGCCCUUGGUGUGGGAUACCAUGGAAAUAAAUUGGGACGGCUGCAGAUUACAACAUCACAUCUAAAGGAAAAAGAAGAUGAACUGCAACAAUUAACUAAAAAGUUGACAUGCUGUCAGCAGGAUGUAAAACUUGCACAAGGCCAUCGGCAGCUGCUUAGUGAAAAAGUAACAAAGCAGCAUGAACAAUUUAUGAAGAUAUUGUCUCUGCUGAAAUUCCUGCAGUGUCAGCAAGGGGCCAUUAAAAAUGACAUUAAUACUAUGCUGGAGAGUUGGAUAAUUCUCAAAAGGGAAAUUGACAGCCAACUACAACACACUUCAAAUGCAUUUUCAGCAGAAGUAUUCAGGCUUAACAAACACCUUGCUGAAGCCCAGGCAGAUAAUAUAUCCCUUCAAAACCAGAUGAAACCUCUACAAACCGCAUCCGAUUCCUUUGUGUUAGCAUCACAGGAACUUCAAGCCUCGCGUCAGAUCGAAAACGAGUUGAAAACUAAAUGUCAUGACCUGCAAAAGCAAACAGUGGAUUUACAGCAGCAGUUGGAGGCAGUAGAACUGGAUUUUCAUAAUGUGAAAAAAGAAACCGAACAUUACAGAGAAAUCUCCACAAUGAAGACAAAAGAAGCUAAUGACUUCCAGAGCAAGCUUCGGAGAAUGGAAUAUGAUAGAGAAAGCACAGAGCUUAGACUUACUAGGGAGCUAAGAGAUAAAGAGGAUUCUCUUGCACUUUUUAAACAAAAGACCAAAGCAUUGCAAGAAGAAAUCGCUGAAAGAGAGAGAAAUGAUGAACAAAACAAGAAGAGAAGUCAGCGUUUGGAGACUGAGUUGGAAACAAUGAAAGAAAUUUUAAAACAAACUCAACAAGAAGUCAUUACUUUACAAAAUGAUAGGGAGCUAAAGAUUGCUUCAUAUCAGAAUACAAUUGAGCAGCUGCAGGAAAGCAUCAGACAGAAAAUGCUGAUUGAUGAUAACUGGCAGGCCAAGCGGGAAAAUGAGCUUGAAAAUGAACGACAAAAAUACGUGUUGAAGCUUGAGGAAGUAGAACAUAAUUUAAGAGAAGAAGCAAAUCUGGAACUAGAUAUUGAACGGCAAAAGCAUGAUGAAUUAAUAAGGAAAUUCCAAAAACGGCAAGAUGAACUAGAAGGGAAGAUACCCAGCCUGAUAUCCAAAGCCUGUGAUGAACUCAAUAAAGACAUUGAGCUGCUAGAAAAGAAAUUGAAAGAGACUCAGACCAGGCUCACCGAUAAAGAUCACACAAAAGAAAAUGAAAUUAGCAACCUGAAAAAUAUUAUUGCAGAUCUGGAACACCGCCUAAAAAGGGAGCAAAAUAACAAUAACACUAUUCUAAAGGAAAUGAGGAAAGAUUGUUUUACAAAGUCGGAAGUCCUUAAAGAAGUCACUCAACAAGCAGAAGAGUUAAAAAGGCACUUGGACUCUGCAAUGCAAGAGAAUUUGUUCCUUAAAGAAACAGUACGCUUGGAAUGCGAAGAACGCUUUGAGCUGACCGAGGCUUUGACCCAGGCUCGAGAACAACUGCUGGAACUAAAGCAAGCUAAUGGAAGCUUUCUAUCAUCAUCAUCAUCAUCAUCACAAAGAUCAUUUACUACAGAAAGGCCUAAACUAACUCAAAGGACAAGUAAUAUGGACCAUAAACAUCUUCAGAGUCUGUCAUCCAAUAAGGGUAGACUAGUGAGCCUCCCAGGAACCUUUGCAUCGGGUAACAGCUUGGUUUCAAACAAGCAUAGACAGAGCAGUAGUAGCAGCUUGCCUUCAUUGCCAUCACCGUAUCCAGCAAAAGAAAGGGCGUUUUCACUCACUGAUGCAAAGCCAAAAUUAACUGCAGUUCUCAGAAGCCAAUCUACUCAACAAUGACAUUAUACAUAUGCAUUAUAUUAUAUUGUAAUUUUAUAACUCUGGAAA